CGGGAAGAACGGGAACCAAACAAGCGUGCCCCCCUUCCUAAAGAGAUUGUUCAACGACGGGGAAAAUCAUUUUGGCCAUCGGGAUCCAGUUUUCUUGUGCUAGUUCGAAGACCGUACAACGGAGCCACUUCGAGUGAGCGAAGCGAAAAUUGACUGAGUCGUUACCGGAGAUAUGGGCGGAGGAGCCGAGCACGGACACGGAGCGGAAGGUGCUCAUGGCGAUUUCAGGGGGAAGGUGUGGAGCAUGACCGGUGGCCCAUAUUGCCGCCCUAAGCACUGGCGCCGCAACACUGCCAUCGCCAUGGUCGGCGUCUUCCUCGUCUGCAUUCCCAUCGCCAUGAAAUCUGCCGAGCUCGAGCAACGGCCUCAUCUUCCUGUUCGUCCGAUCCCCUCCCAGCUUUGGUGCAAGAACUUCGGGACUAAAGAUUAUAACAAAGUUGAAUGAAAUGGGGACUCUCCCAUCAGGUCUGAUCAGCAUUGGGAAACCAAUCCAUUUCUUGUAUCUGAAGUUUGCAGCCACUACUGAGUCUUAUCUUGGUUGGUUGAUGUUGGAAUAAAUUUGAAGUUAUUAGGAAUGUGGUUGUCCAUCUUUGUAUUGACUAAUAUUGAGAACGAGUUGCUUGUUUAAUGUCAUAAAGAAAAAUUUUGUGAAAUGGACACAAGAAGUUAAAUGUUAUUGUCGUUUGGACUUUGGAGAAACCAACUGUAUAUUGGAUACAGAUGCAGUCAUGCAGAAUUUUUCUCCCUUCACUCGUUGAUAACUGAUGAGAUUCUGGAGCUUUAUUGAAGAAACUCUAGAAUUUUGAUAUAUUACGUUCUUUGGAUGAAAGAAUUGCCCCAAUAUAUUUCAUCCUCAUCGACGUCAUCGUGUUUUAGCUAAGUAGAUCGUCGUCACUAAUGGGU